ACGGUAGCUAGCCGUAGACAUUAUUCUACUUCAAAUUCAAAUCCUCCAUCAUUUGAUCUAUAUCCUGUUCCUAUUUUAAUUCUUGAUGAUUUAGAUAAUAAAGAUUGCAUUACAUCUUAUAGAGAAUUAUUAAAAGGCAAAGCAGGUAUUUAUUCUUUUAUUAACACUGAAAAUGGUAAUCAGUACAUCGGAAGUGCCAAAGACUUUUAUUUAAGGCUUAAUGAACAUCUGAACAAUAAAAAGUCUAACGUUGCUUUACAAAAAUCAUUUGUUAAGUAUGGCUUAGAUAAAUUUCAUUUUUAUAUAUAUGAACAUUUUACAUAUCAAAGUAAAAUUAUAAGUUCUAAAGCUUUAACUGAUUUGGAAACCAGUUAUAUAAAAAAAUUUCAUUUUGAUACUCUUUAUAAUUUUAAGGCUAAUGCUACAAGCUCAUUAGGUUAUAAACAUACUGAAGAAGCUAGACUAAAGAUGAAAGAGUAUUAUAAAAAUAAGACAAAUCAUCCUAUGUUUGGUAAAACUCAUAGUAAAAAAGCGCUAGCUUUAAUCAGUAAACCUGGUGAGUUAAAUCCAAUGUUUGGAAGAAAACACAGUGAAGUAACUAGAUUUAUAAUAAGUGAAAGAAAGAGUAAAUACCCUUUAGGUGUAGGUUUAUAUGAUCUAGAUGGCAAUUUAAUUUCAAAGUUUAAAAAUAAUGUAGAGUUAGCUAAACACUUAAAUAUUUCUAAGGUUACAGUGGGUAAAUAUUUAAACUUGGGUCUUGUGUAUAAUAACACAUAUCGGUUUAAACCUAUAGAAGAUUAA